AUGCUGCCCCGUUCUGCCGUGCUGCCCCAUUCUGCCCGUUCCAGCCCGUUCUGCCCGUGUUGCCCCAUUCAGCCCGUGUCCUGCCCAGUUCUGCCUGUGCUGCCCCGUUGUGCCCGUGUUGCCCCGUUCUGCCCUUGUUGCCCUGUUCUGCCCGUCUUGCCCCGUUCUGCACGUGUUGCCCCGUUCAGCAUGCGUCCUGCCCAGUUCUACCUGUGUCGUGCCCGUUCCCGUGCCGUGUUGCCCCGUUCAGCCCGUGUCCGGCCCCGUUCUGCCCUUGCUGCCCGUUCUGCCCGUGCUGCCCGUUCUGCCCGUGCUGCCCCUUUGUGCCCGUGUUGCCCCGUUUUGCUCGUGUUGCCCCGUUCUGCCCGUGUUGUACCUGUGUCGUGCCCUUUCCCGUGUCGUGUUGCCCCAUUCAGCCCGUGUCCUACCCCGUUCUGCCUGUGCUGCCCGUUCUGCCCGUGCUGCCCCGUUGUGCCCGUGUUGCCCCGUUCAGCCUGUGUCCUGCUCAGUUCUGCCUGUGUCGUGCCCCCGGUGUCCUGCCCCGUUCUGCCCGUGCCCCACCCGUGCUGUCCGUACCCAUUCGUGCCCCACCCGUGCUGCCAGUUCUCGCCCGUACCCCACCCGGUCUGUGCUCCCGGUCUCGUGCUGCCCGUCACCCCCGUGCAGCCCGUCCCGUACAGCACCUAG